UACUCUUGCAAUGGGCCUUGAUAGGACCACAAUUGAAAAGUACCCAAAGACUCUUAUCGGUGAGAGCGGGCGCUUGUUGAAGCCCACUGAUAAUACCUGCUCAAUAUGCCUCUGUGAAUAUGAGCCUAAAGAUACUUUGAGGACCAUACCUGAGUGCAACCAUUAUUUCCAUGCUGAGUGCAUAGACGAGUGGCUCAGAAUGAAUGGAACCUGCCCCUUGUGCAGGAACACACCGGGGGCAUUAUCUAGAGUUAGCCCUUCUUUCUCUUCUUUGUCUCAUCACACUUCAUCAAUGUCCUCUACGCCAUAGAUAGUCCAUGCUUAAACCUCGUGUUUAUGUAGUGUAUAUAGGGACUAUAUAUAGGCAGGCUAUAAAGAUUAAGAGUAGUGUUUUUGUAUCUGUGUAAUAUUAUUACUUUUCAUUUUUUCCCCUUAAUAUAUAGUUACUAAAAGAGCUUAUAUCA